UCUGAUUUUCAUCAGCAGCUCAAGCUCCCAUGUUUGUUGUGAACAAAGAUUCAAGCAUCACUUAAAGAGCACCUCUCACACUCUGACACAGCACUUUCCUGUCUUCGGACUAAGAUGUUUUCAUAACAUCAUAAGUGCUGAUGAAGCAUUUUAGAUCAUUUUUUAACUCUACAGUGUCUUUUCCUUCAGUUUCUAUUGUUUCUCCCUUCAAUACAAAGGCAUCUCUUUUGAGGCUGAUGAGAAAAGCAAUAUGCAUACAAGACACUGCAAAAACUCUGUUUCACAAAUACCACGUUGGAAAACCCCCUUAAAUAAAAUUAUGUCCCUGUCCUUCAAAUGAAAUAUUGCUCCCAAAUACACAUGGAAUAUCUGACAGAGCUCUGAUUCACGCUGUCGAAAUAGCUGUCUUGUAUCUUCUUGUAUGAAAUUAAAGCUAUUGUGUCAGAGGAGCGGAUUAAGAGGCCUUUUGGUACUGCUUGGAUAUAGGAUGCCACCUACUGGACAUGUCAAGUACUACGUCUAGACACUACUUGCCCCGUGCCUGCGUUCACUUGAAGUGUUGUAAGUCAAACAUUAAGACACUUUCAUGCUUAAAUUAUAAGGAACAUGAUUUCCAAACAACAAUCUGUGCUGUUAACAUCAUGAAUGAAUUAAAAAUGUAGCUUUGGCGAUGUAUUUUAUAUGAUUAAGACAAGCUCAGCAGCUAAACUGCUGCCAAUGUUAAAGUGAGCCAGUGAAAAAAAGAACCUGGGGAGCACUGAAGAUUUUGUUUUGAAGUCGCCUGACCCUGACGACAGCCUUUCCUUCCCCGCUUGACUCAUAAUGGAAAGGGUGCCACGAGUGGUGACUGCACCAGGAUAAAAACCCUCCCAGCUCUGCCCGCGGGCUCACAAGAAGACCUGUGUUCACAGGGCGAGUCUCUGGCAGUGAGAAUGCGAACCUGUGGGAUGCUAGUCACGCUGAUGCUCACCUGCACUCCGCUGGCCUCCGCAGGCCCGGUUCCCCUGCGGGCAGAAGGGAGGAACUCCUCUGAGGAUGUGGACUGGGCAAGGCUCUAUCUGGAGAGGUUUUAUAACCUCACACAGGACAGACACCCUCUGGAAGGUAAGCUCCGAGAGAUGCAGCGGUUCUUUGGCCUCAAGGUGACUGGCAGGGUGGACAGAGCGACGCUCUCCAUCAUGAAGAAGCCCAGGUGUGGGGUACCUGAGAUGGCCGAUUACAGCUUCUUCCCCGGAAAACCAAAAUGGACAAAGAAAAGGCUGACGUACAGGAUCGUCCGGUACACGGCUGAUAUCAGCAAGAGGCAGGUGGACCGGACUGUCAAGACGGCUCUCAGGCUGUGGAGCAAAGUGACGCCUCUGAAAUUCAUUCGCAUCAACAAAGGAGAAGCAGACAUUAUGAUCAAAUUUGCGUCCUGCACCUGCAGCAGGGGCGCCCUCAUGUGUGGUGUGCCGAUCACAGGGCAUGGAGACGACUUUCCCUUCGACGGACCUGGGGGAGAGCUGGCCCAUGCCUUCGCCCCGGGGAAAGGCCUGCUGGGGGACGCCCACUUCGACAGGGAUGAGACAUGGUCACUCGGACAGAGUGGAAUCAACCUCUUGCUCGUGGCGGCUCAUGAAUUUGGACACUCGCUGGGUUUAGGCCAUUCUCAGGAUAAAGAUGCUCUGAUGUAUCCAACCUACUCCUACAGAAACACUGCUGGGUUCCAGCUCUCCAGGGACGACAUCGCUGGAAUCCAGUCUCUCUACGGAACAAGGAGAACUGCUCAUCGUUUAAGCAAAACAGCAUCAAAAUGA